AUUUUAAGUUGGCAACAUUGAAACUUCGGUCUUUACGAAUUCGUAAAUUGUUUGUGUUUAUGAAAAUUUUUAUUUAAAUUUCCCUGUUUCUCCAAACAUAAUUCAAUUAACCGAUUCAAAUUAACUGUGAAGUAAGUCAUGUCCUUUUUUGCUGGUAAUACAUCGAUGGGAGCGACAAGUACGCCUGCUAAACCUAGUGGAUUCUUUUCAUCUUUUGGUACAUCCGGUGCAGGUACAUCGUCAGCAUUUGGUGCUCCAGCUGCUUCAUCGGGCGCGGGCUUUGGACCACAAACAUCGAUGGGUUUUGGAAUUGCGGCGGCGCCAACGACUACUUUAGGCGGCUUUGGAAAUUUUGGCUCAGCUACCACAACAGUUCCCACUUUAGGUGGAUUUGGAACUUUUGGUACUAGUACGUCUAAUGCUUCAGCUUUUGGUGGAUUUGGUAGUGCGGCGGUUACAGCAGCGCCUACAUUUGCAGGUUUCGGUACAACAGCAGCAACCAGUACCCCGAGUUUCGGUUUAUUUGGCGGAACCGCACCAACGACAACAGCCCAAAAUUUUGGAGGCUUUGGAACGCAAAGUUCUGGUUUUGGACCAUUCGGAACAGGUUUUAAUAAAACUCCAAACUAUACAGUAACGCCAGGUUUUGGAGGAUUUAGUGGCAACACUGGUUUCAUGAUGGGGCAACCGCAGCAGCAACCUGCACAGAUAUCGCCUGACGAAGCUUUCGCUCAGUCUAUCUUCAAUGUUUCGAUUUACGGUGACGAACGCGAUACCAUUAUAGCCAAAUGGAAUUAUUUGCAAGCUAUGUGGGGUAUAGGCAAAUCGUUUUAUUCUCAAACUGCUCCACCAGUUGAAAUUACUCCUCAAAACUAUCUGUGCCGCUUCAAAGCCAUGGGAUUUAUACGAUUGCCCGGCAAGGAUAAUAAAAUUGGAUUAGUCGCCUUGAAUUUUAGUAAACCUCUAUCUGAAGUCAAAAGCCAACAGCCACAAAUUGUAACGGCUUUAAACUCUAUAUUUGGUAAUAAACCCAAUCUAAUUGUUAACAUUGAUUCAAGCAAGGAAUACGAAGAAAAAAGAUGCCAACUAAUUAUAUAUUUAGAAGAGAAAAUAGCAAUAGCCCCUAAUGAAACAAAGCGAAUUUUAGCUACAGAUUUAGCUAAUUAUCUAAAUCAAGAUAACAUUCGGCCUCAGUUGAAUAAUUUAGGUAUUAUUCAGGUAUUAGCUCUGGUCUUGCCGGAUGAAGAUCAGCUUAAAGAAUACUUAGAAAAUGCACCAAAAGGCAUUGAUCCACGUAUGUGGCGUCAGGCUAAAUUAGAUAAUCCAGAUCCUUCGAAAUUUAUUCCGGUACCUAUGAUUGGUUUCAAUGAACUUAAACGGCGUAUUAAAUGUCAAGAAAAUGAAACUGAAACUCAUGCUUUAUACUUGCGUAAAGUGGAGAAGGACAUGGCUGAAUUAAGGCAACGCCAUGCGACGGCUAAAGCCAAAAUCCUGGAACAUAAACGCAAAUUGGCUGAACUUGGUCAUACAAUUUUAAAGAUAAUCGUUAAACAAGAAUGCACACGUAAAGUGGGUUUAGCUCUUACACCCGAAGAAGAAAGGUUACGCACAAAAUUGGAAAACAUGCAAGCUCUAGUCUCAGCUCCUACUCAAUUCAAAGGUCGUAUAAGUGAAUUGCUAUCACAAAUGCGUAUGCAACGAAAUCAAUACAUGCUGACCGGUGGCAGCGAAUAUACUAUUGACAAAGAUAGUGAAGAAGAAAUGAAAAGUUUCCUAGGCAUGCAACAAAAAGCAAUGGAGGUUCUUACAGAUACAGUAAACAAGGAUUUAAAAGCAUUACAAAUUAUUAUCGAUGGGAUGCCGGAAUUAGUACGAGGUUAAAAUUCUUAAAAUUGU